AUGUCUGACGAAUACAAACGAAUGCAGGUCAAGGUGUUGUACUCGUUCAACAACAACGCAACCGUAUUUCUUUCCCGUUCAAAACAAAUGCAUUCCAUAAAGAUUGCCCAAAUUCCAAUGGCAAAUGAAGGAGAAGUGAUGACCUUAGGAGCAUUCGAUUUGAAAACUUGUGUACUGCAAGUGUUAAAAAGUUCUCCGGAGAAUUUCAAAAUGCAAACUGAAGACUAUGCUGUAUACUACAAAGAUAUCACCGAGCAACCAGAUGAACCAUUCGUUGCCAAUGGUGUGCUUUCUAGUUUAAUAAGUACUUCAAAGCAACAACUCAUACCUGGAAGGGUUUGUCAAAAUUUAUCUGCCAGUUUCUUAUUUGGAGAUAAGGCAAACACUUCUUCACUUACUCUUGAGAUAAGACUCAAAUUGCUUACUAUAGAAAAGGGCCCAGAAUCCAAUAUACAGACACAAUCACAACCACAAAUUCAACAAACUUCCUCUCAAGUGGAAAAGAGAAGUGCUAGUAAUAUAAAUGAAUAUAAUCAACAAAAGAGAUCGAGAAUAAAUAAGCCUUCGGUGUCUGCAACUUCAUCUUCUGCUGCUGUCAAGGCAACAAGAACCAAAUCAUUACCAAUCUUCUAUCCUCAAAAUCAACAAAUAUUCAAUAUCAUCAACGCUGACAAGUCUAAUGCUCCUUCUAAAUAUGACAACAAGAGUGUACAAGAUAGAUUUAAGCUGGCACCAUUUUUACAACCAAAGAUUCUUGAGAAUCCUCAAAGAAGAUACAAUGGUAAGAUAGUACCAUUGAACCAAAUUAAUAAUAAUAACAAAAAUGAACCACAACGAGCAAUGAGAACUAGAUCAAUGAUUGCCAGUAAACAAAUGCCAAUGACAGUAUCGUCACCUAUCAAUGAAGAAACAGAUGGUUCUGAUACCGAUUAUCAAGAAACAACGGCACACAGUGAAGAUGGGCAAGAUGAUAUUGAAGAGGAAGAUGAAGUAGAUGAUUUUGCGGGCAAUUCUUCUCCUUACACACCACAACAACCACCAUAUAAACCUAUGAGACUGCAUCAACAUCGGCAACAACUACAACAAUCUCAAUCACAACAACAAUCAGCAUCAUCUGUACCUCAAUUUCAAUCUUUGCCUGAUUUGGAAGAUUUGGAUAGUAGAAAAACCCAUGCCAUUCCACAUCUGCGUUUACCAAAAAAUCAUGGUCUUGUCUGUAUGAAUAGCAACUGUGCUGCUACCACUUCAAUCACAUGGAGAUACUUCGAAACAGGAUAUCAUCCAAACUAUCUUUCACUUCAUAGAGCAAAAGAUUUCGACAUCAAGCAUUAUGAUGGUAUGAUCGGGCCACUUUGUAAUGCAUGCUAUUUAUUCUUAAGAAACAAGGGAUUUAUGAGACCAGAAGCCGUGGUGAAGAAAUAUAUGCAACAACAAAGGUAUAAGAAGGAGCUUAGACAAAAGGAUGAGUUGCUUGAUCAACAAAGGCAAUCCAGUUUAGGUAUGGUGGCAUCAAAGGGUCCACAGUACGCUUCUUCUCCUAUUUUCCCACAAUCGCAUAAAUUCACUACACCUACACAUACACCUUCGGCUAUAAAUCAAGUAAUUCAAAAUAAUCAACAGAAUAUGAUUAAUGGUAACAAUAAACUCACACCUAAUUAUCAUAAUUAUAAUGAUUUGAAUGAUUUCAUUAAUCAACUUAAUAAUUUCGGUGGUCCAUUGACUGAUAUCGAUCCAAUUCCUCAAGAUCAAAGACCUGGUGUAACACCUCCAAUGAUGGCUACUAAGUCAAAUACUAGAAUUAUUAAUUUGUAUGAUGAAGGCGAAGACAAAGAAAACUGCCCACCACCUACUUCAGAUGAUCAAGACCACAGUAAAAGUAUGGAUGAUGACUUCGAAGAAAUGAUUGUUAAAUCCUUCAGUAUAGUGUCUGAUAAGAAUAGUAGUCCUGGUCAGACUGGCCAAACUGCUUGGAUGAACAAUUUGUUUGGAGAACCAACUCCGAGAGAUCAAAUUACUCCAAAUGACGGCAAUGUAAAUUCCACCACUGGAUAUACUCCUCAAGAGGGAUCAAAGAAUGAUGACACUGAAAGUGAACAAGAAAUGAAGUCUCAUCCUAAUUUACCACAAUUGAGAACUUUCACAACCCACCAUGCGAAGUCGUCACCCUCCUUUGCUGAAAAGCAAGCAUCGAAUAUGCCAUCAUCACCAUUGUUAACUCAUCACGAAGAAAACACAGAACAAAAUAACAUUUUCGCUAAUACCUCCUCCUCACCAACAAUCAGGGCCACUCGUGUUAAUACUACUACACUGAUCAUGUCUAAUUCCAAGGGAGAACAUGGAACUAAUCUCGGCUCAACACCAAAUACUGACUUCCUCUCAAAUGAUGACGUGAAAGAAAAUGUUAAUAUCCAUGAUUUAUUUGCUUCCAAGGAAGUAAACCAAUAA